CUGACAAAGAGUAAAACAGGAAAUGAGACGAUAAAUGUCAGUAGAAAUCAACAAUGUUGUCUUUCUGGAAGAAAAUGUCUGGAAUAUUAAGCGUGUGGACGGUGUGUUUGUGUCUCUUGAUAAACAACGUGUUCGCCGGUAAAAUGAAGAUUGUUGAAGAGCCAAACACUUUCGGGUUGAAUAAUGCAUUUGUGGCUCAAGGAAGCAGAUUACAAGCUAGAGUGAACCCAUCACCAGUGUCUGGUCCAAAGCAUCUUCAUCGGCUGGCUGGGAAGUGUUUCAGUCUCACAGAGUCUAUGUACAAAUAUGAAUUCUGUCCAUUCCACAACAUCACUCAACAUGAGCAGUCCUUUCGGUGGAACGCUUACAGUGGGAUACUGGGGGUCUGGCAGGAGUGGGAAAUAGCAAACAACACUUUCACUGGUAUGUGGAUGAGAGACGGUGAUGCUUGUGGGAGCAGAAACAGAGAAACAAAGGUGAUUCUGGUGUGUGGCACAACCAGCAAGCUUUCCCAAGUCUCCGAGCCCAGCACCUGUGUGUACUCACUGACCUUUGAGACUCCACUUGUUUGCCAUCCACAUUCUCUUUUAGUGUACCCAACUCUGAACGAGCAACUACAAGAGGAGUGGGACGAAGCAGAGCAGGCUCGCUAUGAAGGUCUUAUAACUGAUCAGGGAUAUAACAAUCUACUGAGGGAUAUUUUUGGCGAUGCCGGACUACUGAAGAGCCAAAAAGUGAAAGUCGAUGAACCAGAAGCUGCAGGAGAUGCAGAAAAGCAUACCUCAUUACAGAAAUGUACAGAGGAUUACCAGAAACAAAGUGAAGAGAUUAAGAGGCUACGUGCUCUCCUUACUCAGCACAAUAUUCCUUACACUACAAAGCCAAAUGAAGAGAAAGGCGCUGUGAGCGUGACAGUGAAGGAUCAACACUUGAGAGGAGACACCGGUCUUUUUGAUCAGCUGUGAAAAUCACCAGGACCAAGUUACAAUCUCGUACAGAUCACCGACUUGAAUGUGAGAAUUGUGACAGACCCUGAUGGGAUGAAAACUGCUGUGACUGAGUCUGAUGGGACCACAUCUUAUAUUCAGUAUGAAGAACACUUUUUUGAGAACACUUUUUACCAAAAACAAUCAAUUCGUUUUGCAUGGAUCAUGUGGGGUUAUUAAAAUUUUGGAUAUAAUGUGCUACUUAUUAAAAGUCUUUUCCUUUCUA